AUGCAACUUUUUGACGUACGAGAAGCUUUACUUCAAGUUGGAGAAAAAGAUAAUGAUGUUGCAAUUGCAAGUGAAGCAACUUCACUAGCAGAAAAAGAACUUGGUGACUUUGAAUUUUUGGUAUUAACUGUUAUCUGGCAUGAAGUGCUAAACCAUGUGAAUAUUGUGAGUAAAAAGUUACAGUCAAAGGAUAUGCAUCUUGAUAAUGCUAUUACAGAAAUAAACAAAUUGAUUGGGUACUUCAAGGAUUAUAGAGAAACUGAUUUUUUAAAAGUGAUUGAUGAAGUUAAGGACAUUGCUAUUGAAAUGGGUAUUGAUCCAAUAUUUCCACAAAAGCGUUUGAUUGAAAGGAAAAAAAAGCUAUUUCUUCUCUUGAGACAAGAUUUGAACAAUUCAAAGAGUAUGACAAAGUAUUUGUUUGAAGAAAGAUUGGAUAUUGAUGCCAAUGAACUUUAUACAGAGUUAAAAUUAUUUGAGACAUUGGAAACCAAUGAAUUUAGCAACCCUAUAGAUGUUUUGAAGUUUUUGAAAGAACUUGAUUAUUUCCCAAAUGCAAGCAUUGCAUAUAGAAUAUUAUUGACAAUUCCAGUAAUGGAGGCAUCUGCAGAAAGAAGUUUUUGUAAGUUGAAGUUAUUGAAGUCUUACAUACGCUCCACAAUGUCUCAAGAAAGAUUUAGUGGUUUGGCGAUGAUAUCUAUGGAGAAUGAAAUCUUAGAGAGUAUAGACUACGAAGAGUUGUCCAACCAAUUUUCUAUCAAGAACGCGAUGAGAGCUUCACGGAUCGUCGGUUAA